GCGCUCUCAGCCGUGCUGCCCUCCUCCAGUCCCUCCCCUCCGCCGUUUGCUGUCUGGUCAUUCCGCCGUCUGCUGCCCUCCUCCAGUCUCCGAUAUAACAUAAUAAGAUUUCCUAAAUCCUUAGCGACGUAUUCUCUCUGGCCGUCUUUGCCUCCGUCUUCACUCUCGGCGCUGCUCAUCGCGUCUGCUGUCGCGGUCAUCUAUCGUCUGCUGGCCCUCGCUCCAGUCCUCGCCGUCUGCUGCCCUCCCGAGUCUCCGCCGUCUGGCUGCCCUCCUUCCAGUCCUCCGCCGUCUAGGCUGCCCUCCUCAGUCCUCCACCAUCUGGCUGGCCCUCUCCGGUCGAGAAGCAGCGUCUGCCCUCUUCCAGUCCCUCCGCCGUCUGCUGUCUGGUCAUCUAUCAUCUGCUGCCCUUCCUCCGGUCUUCCGCCGUCUGCUGGCCCUCUCCCAGUUCCUCCGCCGUCUGCGGCCUCCCCAGUCCUCACAAUCUGCUUCCUUCUCCGCGUCGACGCGAAGCCGUCUGCUCCUCCUCCAGUCUUCCGUCGUUUGCUGUCCGGUCUCGUCGCCGUCUGCUGCCCUCCUCUAGUCCUCGCGUCUGCUGCCCUCUCCAGUCCUCCACCAUCUGUCUGCCCUCUUCCGCCAUCGACGAAGCGACGUAUUCACUCUCUGCGCGUCUUCUCACUCCGUCUUACUUUCCGCGCCUCUCAGCCGUCUGCCUUCCUUCGUCCUCCGCCGUCUGCUGUCCGGUCAUCCGCGUCUGCUGCCCUCCUCCAUUCCUCCGCCGUCUGCUGCCCUCCUCCAGUCCUCCACCAUUCUGUUGCCUCUCCGCUGUCGACGAAGCGAAGUAUUCCACUCUCUGCGUCUUCUCACUCCGUCUUCACUCCGGCGCCUCGCAGCCGUCUGCCCUCUUCCAGUCCUCGCGCGUUGCUGUCCGGUCAUCUAUCGUCUGCUGCCUCCUCCAGUCCUCCGCCGUCUACUGCCUCCUCCAGUCCUCCACCAUCUGCUGCCCUCUCUGCCGUCGACGAAGCGACUUAUUCACUUCUUCGCCAUCUUCUUACUCCGUCUUUGCACUCCGCGCCUCUCAGCCGUCUGCCAUCCUCCAAUCCUCUCCGUAUACUGUCCGGUCAUCCGGCUCUGCUGCCCUCCUCCAGUCCUCCGCCGUCUGCUGCCCUCUCCAGUCCUCCACCAUCUGCUGCCCUCUCCGCGUCGACGAAGCGCACAUAUUCACUCUUGUCAUCUUCUCACUUCCGUCUUCACUCUCGCGCGCUUCUCAGCCCUCUGCCUCGCUUUAGUCCUACCGCCGUUCUGUCCGGUCAUCCGCCGUCUGUUGCCCUCGCUCCAGUCCUCGCCGUAUGGCUGCCCUCUCCAGGUCUCCCACCAUCUGCUGCCUCUCUCGCCGUCGACGAAUGUAAUGCUCACAGCUCACUCGACGUAUUCACUCUCUGGCCAUCUUCUCACUUCGUCUUCACUCUCGCGCCUCGCAACCGUUCUGCCCCUUCCAGUCCUCCGCCGUCUGCUGUCCGGCCAUCUAUCGUCUGCUGUGCCCACCUCCAUCCUCCGCCGUCUGCUGCCCUCCUCCAGUCCUCCCCAUCUGCUGCCCUCUCCGCCGUCGACGAAGGUACAUGCUCAGAGCUCACUGUUUCUAUAACAUAUCCAUAG